UUCACAGUUCUAACAGUGCAACAUAAAAACAUGUUUCUCUGCAUGUCUCUGCUCAUCAUCUCAAUCCUCCAUUUUUCUGGAGGGAUGGAGAUCAGUAUAAUUGGUGGAAACGAAGCUAAACCUCACUCCAGGCCCUACAUGGUGUCUAUUCAGCUUAACAAAGAACAUACGUGUGGUGGGAUGCUCAUCAAAAAAGAUUACGUGCUAACUUCAGCCCACUGUCUAGAUGACUAUGACUCCUCUGGUAAAACCCGCCUAGAUGUUGUGCUGGGGGCUCAUAAUAUCAGGCGUAAGGAGUCCAGUCAGCAGAGGAUUGAAGUAGAGAAGCACAUCAAGCAUCCCUCAUACAAGAAGGGACAGAACAAAUGGAGUUGUGAUAUCAUGUUACUGAAGCUACAGACUGACGCCAACCUGACUGAGUCUGUGGGGGUCAUUGCUCUUCCUAAAAACAAUGAGAAACUUCCCGUCAAUCAGAAGUGUUCUAUAGCAGGCUGGGGUAUGAAAGUGCCAAAUGAGGAAGAAGCAUCGAGUGUUCUGCGAGAGGUCACACUCCAGCUUCAGUUGAAGAAAUACUGCAAGAAAAAAUGGCAGGAUCAUUUUGAUUGUAAACGCAUGAUCUGCACUGCCUCUGAUGGAAAAAGGGCUUUUUGUAAGGGUGAUUCAGGAAGUCCUCUUGUCUGUAACAAUAAGCCUCAGGGAAUAGCUACAUAUACAUACCCUGAUGACUGUCUAAACCAUGAUUUCCCAGAGGUAUACAUUGAGGUAGCCUCCUUCUUAAAAUGGAUUAUGAAAGUUAUCAAGUCUGGCUGAGAGUAUUAUAUGCUUGUAUAACAGUAACCACAUUCUACAUAUCGCAUGGAUUAAACAUAUCCAGAGUAUAUGUCAAUAUAUGUAUAAAAACAAGUGCAUUCUGUUUUCUGUAAGGUAAUCAAAUCUUUGAUUUUCACUUAAAUAUUAUUGCACACAUUUUAACAUUUUACACUGUAUUUCCAUCCAAAAAGAUUUUCCUUGAAAAGCAUUGCCAAAGUGAGAAAAGCAGUAUUAAAACUUUAUGAAUACUGAG